CCGUAUCUACAGUAUAUUUCCGCAUCUCUUCCUCCUCUCUAACCCCAGAUUUCUGUUAUCGUAACACCCCUCUUGUAUACCAUACUUCCGUAUAUAUCUCUUCUUCCUUUUUAACCCCACCUAUUUUUUCAUUUCCCACCAUUGCCCUUCCCUUUUCCCCUCUAACAUAAAUCCAUGCCAUAUGAUAAUCGAUUUUCCAUGACUGUUACACCUGAAAAUCCGUUUUAGCUGCAGGAGGGUUUCCGGGACAUUUUCGUCAUUUCAGGGGGGAAUUUUUUAUUUUAAUUUUUUUGAAGAAUGAGGUGGGAGAAAGUGGAGUUGAAUGGGAGACCGAAGGAGACAGCUGAAGGGAAGAAAUCACCGGGCAGGAUUGGUGGGAUUCUUGGGCCAGGGAAGAGGUGGGGCCACACAUGCAAUGCCAUCAAAGGGGGGAGGUUUCUCUACGUUUUCGGUGGAUACGGCAAAGACAACUGCCAGACCAACGAUAUCCAUGUCUUCGAUACAUCUAAGAAUACAUGGAGUAAGCCAAUGGUGAAGGGAAAUCCGCCUUCUCCAAGAGACAGUCACAGUUGCACCGCAGUUGGAAACAACCUGUUUGUGUUUGGGGGUACAGAUGGAAUAAAUCCACUCAAGGAUUUGUAUAUUUUUGACACCUCUUCGAAUACAUGGAUAACUCCAAGUGUAAGUGGUGAGGGACCAGAAGCACGGGAGGGGCAUAGUGCAGCACUUGUUGGUAAGAGGAUUUUCAUAUUUGGAGGCUGUGGGAAAUCUCGAUAUGAUCCAGAAGAAGUAUAUUUUAACGAUAUUUACAUAUUGGACACAGAGCAAUUAGUAUGGAAACGUGCAAUGACAACUGGCACUCCACCUUCUGCACGUGAUAGCCAUACCUGCUCAUCGUGGAAGAGCAAAAUCAUCAUUGUUGGUGGUGAAGAUGCAUCAGAUUAUUAUCUGUCUACUGUUCAUAUACUUGAUGCAGAUACACUUGUUUGGAGGGAGCUAAACACAUCAGGCCAGAUACUUACUCCUCGUGCAGGCCAUUCAACUGUAGCUCUUGGAAAGCACUUGUUUGUGUUUGGUGGUUUCACUGAUGAUCGAAACCUUUAUGAUGAUCUUCAUGUACUAAAUGUGGAUACUGGUGUCUGGAACAAAGUAGCGAAUGCAGGUGUAGGGCCUUCUUCCAGAUUUUCUGUUGCUGGAGACUGUUUGGAUCCACAGAAGGGUAUUCUGGUGUUCAUUGGUGGUUGCAAUCAGAAUCUUGAGGCCCUGGAUGAUAUGUACUAUCUAUACACAGAUAUUUCAAUGGAAAAUGGGCAAGGCGAACAAACGCAGGAAAAGUUCUCUCUUAGGAGAGAACUGAAGAAGAAGUGUCAAGAACAAUAUCUUCUUCCUGCUAUUAGAUCUGAAAAUGAGAGAGAUUUGCCAAAGCUUAUGAUGGUGCCUGAUUUGUUGCAACCAGUGCCUCUGCAAACUCUGCAAAGUUAUGUUCAACCAGGAAAACAGAACUUCCAAUCAUCAUAUGAAUUUAAGCCUGCAGGCGAGAAUAUGUUCGAAGCCAAGGUUACAGAAGCAUUCCACUAUGGGUAUACAAUUGAAACUAAUAUUGAUGGAAAACAACUACGUGGCAUAUUAUUUUCGUACAAGGCAAGCUUUGACCCUGCUGCUAAUGCUUACAUCAGCAGGAAAAGGAUGGGUGUGGAAGGUGGUGAUGUUAAGUCAAAUGAUGGCUAUGAUCCUAAAUCAAAGACUGCUAGAGUUUUCAACGAAGAAGUAAAAAGAUCAGAUCACAGGCAAAAUGAUGACAUUCAUGGCAAAGAAUCUACAUCCGAUUCGAACAAUUCAACUAAUGUUGAUGUUUAUCAGCCAGAGAUGGCCCCAGAGAACUCAGAACCAUUGGCAGUGCCAAAUCCAGGCUCAAAAGAUGAUGGCUCAGAUGCUCUGCACAAACUGGAUACAAGAGGUCCCUGUGAGAACUCUUCUGUUUCUACAUCUGUAGAAAUGGGCUCGUCAGUGACAAAUCUAGAUGAUUCAAUGACAGCCAUGAAAGAACACAUCCCUUCGAGCAAUGGACAAAUAACAAGACCAACUUGAAGCAGAUACGUGAGCCAUGAGGGAGUUUUCUAGCAGAGAAUGAGCUGAUGAUAUCACCAUAUUACGUUGAGGAGUUCCGUUGGACAUGUUCUCCACGCAUGACCCAAGUCAGCAGAUUUGGGUUUUGGCAGAACCCAUUAGAUGAAUGUGGUUGAGUAGAACCAUGCUGAAACACGUGGCGGCAAACCCGAUAUUUAACUGCCAUUUUCGUAGGACAUAGGUUUGAACACUGAUGCUUGUCUAAGACCUGGCAAAGUUGUUGUAGAUAUUGAACCACAGUUUAUGAACUAUAUUAGUCUCUGAAAUCAAAAGGACAUCAUACA